AUGAUAUCACCUCAGCCGCCUCGAGACGACUCCAAGACCACCGGUUUGGCAGGCAUUCCUAUCCCAACGGAGCUUGUCCUGCAGAUCGUGAAAGCCAUUGGCCCACGACCGAAGCCAAAGCCAGCAAAACAUCUAAGACUUCACGGUGCUGUCGAAGCCGAGGCCGACUCCGACUCCGAUGACCUGAAGAUAGUGGAUGACUAUUUUUACGAAGACCCCAAUAAGCCAACGCCAUCGAACGUUCUUGAAGGCAUUACCGACCUCAAAAAUUUGGCCAUCACAUGUAGGUCACUGUAUCAAACGUUGAGGUGUGUGCUUUACCAGCGAAGUGGACAAAAGGAUGACUGGUAUGCUCUUCGAUGGGCCAGCUUCAACGGCAACCUCCUUGCGUUGGAAGCGGCCGUCGAGGCCGGCGCAUCAGUCAACUACGCCUUUGAGAAGACCGGAACCCCAAUAGACAUGAUGAACUAUGGACGCGUAGAAAGCACUUUUGGAAGCAACUUCCCCAUACUGCAAAGGUCAGAGACGUACAACUUCGGCACACCCUUGCUCGCGGCGGCGUAUGGCGACGUCACCCGGCGACAUCAAGCAAUCAAGUGGUUGCUCUCUCACGGCGCCGACCCAAACACCACAGACGCCAACGGGAUUACGCCGCUGCAUGUCGUAUGUAGAUGGGGCGUACGAGCGAGCGUGACCGUCGAGCUCCUUCUCAAGAAAGGCGCAGACGCCAAUGCCCUCGGCCCUCGGGGAUGGACGCCUCUCCACAUGGCGUGCUACGCGCGGAGAUGGCAUCCUGAUCCGGAGGACCCUCGACGACUGUCUCAGCAGAAGCAGGACCUGGCCAUGAUACCUACUGCAAAGGAGCUGAUCAAAGCAGGGGCUGACUUGCGGGCCAGAACGACCUUGGGCGGAGCGAAGGAGUCUGGCGAGCCCUACAUCGGUGGCUUGACGCCGUAUGAGUUGGCUCUUUACUGUCAGAACGUUACAAUGGUUGAGUUCUUCCGUGAGCAGGGAGCGAUUUCUUCGACGAGCCCCCACCUUCCCGACCACAUCGCGUCCAUCACCUUCCUACUCACAACCGCGCAUCAACUACAGCGGUACGAGCUUCGCAUGGGCUGGGAAUCAUGUUUGGCCACUACCUCAAGGGCCGUCUUAUCUGCAAGCGGCUCAUCAACCCUCCACAUCCACGACACAGCCGACCCCACGAUCCCCAUCACGCAAUCCAUCAGCGGUGCACACAAGCUGGGCUGCCACCACAUCUGCACCUCCCGCAAUGGUCUGGUCGCCGCGAGUGCAGGCUUCGCCGGCGAGGUGAAGAUCUGGGCCAUCAACAAGGACACGAGCGAGUGGAAGCUUCACUCGGAGAUCACGAACAAGGCGGCCAAGGCCGGCGAGGUCUGGGCCAUUGCGCUUAGCGAGGAUGGAAAAUUCCUGGCGGGUACGACCUACGACGGCCGGGUGAAUGUGUGGGACGUUGGAGAAGAGGGCACGCCCAAGAUUAGAGAGUACGAGACGGGAAGCCCUGGCCAGGGAAGCUUUGGUAUGUCAGUCGACUUGAGCCGUGAUGGGCGAUACACUGCCAGUGGCCACCAGAACGGAGCUGUCUACGUCUUCAACAAUGACAACGGAAAGUUGUUGUUCUCACUACCAGGCCUGGUCAAAUCUGUCCGCUCUGUCUCAUUCUCCCCUGGAAACACCAGACUCGCUGCUGCUGGCGACUCAUCCGUUAUUGCUCUCUACGACAUCAAGAAUGGCGAGCAAGUCAGCAACAUGACUGGCCACUCCUCAUGGAUCACAUCUGUUGACUGGAACGACACGGGUGAAUACUUGCUUAGCGGAGCGAUGGACGGAAAGGUCAAGGUCUGGUCAGUGGAGCGUAGCGCCUGUGUCGCGACGCAUAGCGAGACAGACAAGGCUUUGUGGGCUGUCAAGUGGCUCCCGAAGACUGGAAAGAACGAGUCUUUCUGUACGGCGGGCGCCAACAGGAGCAUUUCAUUCUAUAGGGAAGCUACUGGUGCAUAA